AUGACCGCCCCUAUCAAUGCAGCUGAAUCCUCCCGGGGCCCUCUCCCCUCCAUCAGCCUCCUCACCGAAGGCUGCGUCAACUACAUCGGCAUCAACAUCGCCGUAACCCCCGACCUCAAAUCCACCAUGGCCGCUCGCCUGCUCCGCUACGAAGCUCCCUCGCCUCACGCCACAAACCCCCUCCCAACUAUCCCACAGGGCCGCUCUCGCUACAUCAUUCCACCUGCUUCUCAGUCACGCCGUCGUUCCAGUCGCUUCCUCCUUCUCAGCGACAAGGAAUACCCUCCUUCUCUCGCUGACAGUGCCACUGGAAUUUCCGCCAACCAGCCCGUCGUCUGGCUCCCUGCGCACCAAGUCUGGGUCAAGAACCGCCAGGAAAACGUCGUCCCCCCUUCGAACAAGCUGCUCAAUGCCCCCCAGAGCUUCGUCAGUCUGUUGGGUCGCGAUGGAACGUACGCGGCUGUUUGCCAUGUAUCGCAGGUGGAAAGGGUGAUUGCGUAUAUUGCCGAUGUCAAUUCAGCCAAGUCGGAGAAGCUGUGCGUUGCUACUGGUGGUGUGGACUUUCCUGAGGACGAGAGACGGUGGAUGUAUGUGAUGUCUUGUGUUGGUACGGAUCAAGAGGUUUGGGAGGGCUUCGAGGGUAGCAAAAAGGCGGAGGACAACGAUGGUGGUUUGGAAGCUCGUGCUUGA